AAAUUGUAUAUAAGGAGACAUCACCAAGAGGUUUGCACAGGAGAAUUCUCAGUGAAUUGUCUCACGAUGCUCAGGCUUCUCUUACUUGCUGCUCUUGCAAUCUGCGGACAAUGUCAUGAUGAUGACAUCCGCUAUUUGGAAGACAAUGAAAAUGGACGUGUGGUAGGAGGAUCUAAUGCAGCAAAGAACGCCUGGCCCUGGCAGGUAUCUCUCCAGUAUCUGUCUGGCAGCAGCUGGUACCACACUUGUGGAGCCUCCCUCAUCCGCGCUAACCGUGUGUUGACUGCUGCUCAUUGUGUGGACAGAACCGUUUCCUUCCGUGUGGCCCUUGGUGACCACAAUCUUAGUACUAAUGAAGGCACCGAACAGUACAUUUCUGUCUCUUCCAUCAGAAAACACGCUAGCUGGAACACCAACAACGUUGCUGCUGGAUAUGAUAUUGCUAUCCUGUGGCUGGCCUCCAGUGCUACCCUGAACACUUCCGUGAAACUGGCUACACUGCCAGCAAGUGGAGCUACCCUGGCCAAUAACUACAACUGUGUUGUUACUGGAUGGGGAAGACUCAGCACCGGUGGAUCUCUUGCCACUGUUCUCCAGCAAGCCCCUCUGCCUGUAGUUGCCCACGCAACCUGCUCUCUCAGCUCCUGGUGGGGCAGCACUGUCAAGACCACCAUGAUCUGCGCUGGUGGAGAUGGAGUCAAGUCUUCCUGCAAUGGAGAUUCUGGUGGACCUCUGAACUGCGCAGUCAAUGGUGUGUAUCAGGUCCAUGGUAUUGUCAGCUUUGGAUCUUCUCUGGGAUGCAACUACUACCAGAAACCAUCCGUGUUUACCAAAGUCUCUUCUUACACCUCCUGGAUCAGCAGCAACAUCUAAAUGGAUCACUCCUCUUUCUCUAGCGGGAAACCUGAUAACAGAUACAAAACACAACCUAUAUGCAUUGUUUUAACUUACUAAUAACUUUCUAAUAAAGAAC